CUGACUUGAAUUCAGACAACCACCUAACUCAGCCCCAAAUAAUGUGCAGAAUCACUUCCCACAGCCCUGCUGUGGGAUCAACCCUGUCUAGAGUUCCUGAUACAAGGAAACUAUCUCUUUGAUUUUUUUUUUUUUUUUUUUUUUUGUAUAGAGACAUUGUGCCAGUUCUCAGGGAUCACCCAUUCAGUCCCAAUGGCCUUUCAGGAUCUCCUAGAUCAAGUUGGUGGCCAGGGGAGAUUCCAGAUCCUUCAGACAGCUUUCUUUGUAAUCUUAACCAUUGUAACUUAUCCUCAGUUUCAGUUGGAGAACUUCACUGGAGCCGUUCCUGGUCAUCGCUGCUGGGUCCCCCUCCUGGACAACCACACUAUCUCUGACAAUGACACUGGACUCCUCAACAAAGAUGCCCUUCUAAGAGUCUUCAUCCCACUGGACUCAAACCUGAGGCCAGAGAAGUGCCGUCGCUUCAUCCAUCCCCAGUGGCAGCUCCUUCAUCUGAACAGGACCUUCCCCAAUAUAAGUGAGUCAGACACAGAGCCCUGUGUGGAUGGCUGGGUGUACGAUCAGAGCUCCUUCUCCUCCACCAUCGUGACUAAAUGGGACCUGGUAUGCGCAUCUCAAUCGCUGAAUUCAGUGAUUAGAUUCAUAGUCAUGACUGGAAUGCUAGUGGGAGGCAUCCUAUGUGGCCAUUUAACAGACAGGUUUGGGAGGAAGUUUAUGCUGAGGCUCUGUGUCCUCCUGCUGGCGAUCGCUAGUACCUGCACAGCCUUUUCUCCCGGCUUCCUCAUUUACUGCUCACUUCGCUUCUUGGUUGGGAUAUCUACCUCAGCCAUCUUAUCAAAUAAUCUAAUUCUCAUUAUAGAAUGGACAUUGCCCAAGUUCCAAGCCCUGGGAACUACACUGGUAAUCAGUGCUGGUUGUAUUGGACAGAUAGCACUGGGAGGCCUGGCUUUUGCCAUUCGAGACUGGCACGUCCUCCAGCUGGUGUUUUCUGUGCCAUUUUUUGUUUUCUUUCUGUGCUCAAGGUGGCUGGCAGAGUCUGCCCGGUGGCUGAUAAUCACCAACAAAGCAGACAAGGGGCUGAAGGAACUCAGGAAAGCUGCACACAGGAAUGGAGUGAAGAACGUGGAAGACACCCUAACUAUAGAGGUUGUGAGAUCCACCAUGAAGGAGGAGCUGCUGGACGCACAGACAAAGCCUUCCCUGUGCGACUCGUUCCACACACCCGUCCUGCGGAAACGGAUCCUGCUCUUGUCCCUUGUGAGACUUUCAAAUAUCAUGGUUGUUAUUGGCCUGAACAUCCACCUACAGCAUUUUGGGAGCAGUGUUUACCUUUUGCAAGGCCUCUUCGGAGUAGUCAACCUCCUGGGAAAUUUUGUGGCAUUGUUGGCACUGAAUCACAUAGGCCGUCGGGGAAGUCAGGCAUUGUUCUCGUUCGUACUGGGAAUCUCCAUUCUGUCGCUCACAUUUGUGCCUCAAGAAAUGGAGACUCUGCGUGUGACUUUGUCAGUUUUCGGAGGAGGACUUUCUAGUGCAGCUAUGAGCAGUUCUGUUACCCAUGGAAAUGAACUUCUCCCCACAGCAAUCAGGGCAACAGCUUUAGGAAUCAUUACCAUCGCUGGUAGCACUGGGGCUGCCCUGGCUCCCUUGGUAAUGAUCCUGAGGAUUUAUUAUGCACCCUUACCCUGGAUCAUCUACGGAGCUAUGUCCAUCCUCUCUGGCCUUGUUGCCCUCAUCCUCCCUGAGACCAGGAACCAGCCUCUGCCUGACUCCAUCCAGGAUGUGGAAGAUGGGAGAAAAGCCUCAAAAAAAGCAAAGCAGGACGAAACCUUCAUCAAAGUGACACAGUUUUAAUGAAUCCCGGGAGCUGACCACUGAUCAAAAUGCAAGAAAAAGGAAAAUAAUCAAGGCCAUUCCUUCGUACUAAUAAACUUGGAAAGUAAAUAGAUAUGACAGAAAAAAACGGAUCCCACUUAGAAAUGUGGUGCUAAAUUACUGUAUAUAAAAUAUGCAUGAUUAAACACAGUAUGAAGUAUGAAGAAAAUCAUACUUUAAAAUGAAUCGUGACAGAAUGUUUGUGUAAGCAUAAAUACUUAGCAUAUUUUUGGAUAAGAAUGCUAUAACUAGUACUCCAACAGUAUUUUUUCAUUUUGUGUUGCUAUUUGAGGGCAAACUGUUGAAAUCUUUACUUAAUAUAUACUAAACUGACCUUCUGUAUAUAAAGAGAAUUGAAAAUGAAUCUUGAUGUGAAUGGAAGGGGAGAGGGAGCGGG